AUGUCUUCCGGUGGUCUCGUUUCCGCCUUGUCCGGCUGCAAAAAGUCCAUGUCAUUCACAUGGAUCGGCUGGCCCGGUUUCUUCAUCCCUCCUAAGGAUCGCCCAAUAGUCGACCGUCGCCUGCAGGAAGAGUUCUCCUGCCAAGCCGUCUACCUCGACGAUGACGUCGCAGACCGUCACUACAACGGCUUCUCCAACUCCAUCCUCUGGCCUCUCUUCCACUACCAUCCCGGCGAGAUGAACUUCGAGGACGAGAAUUGGCUCGCGUACCGCCAGGCGAACAUGGCUUUCGCCGAGGCCAUAAUGUCCCAGCUUACUCCGGACUCGAUGGUCUGGGUCCAGGACUACCAUCUCAUGCUUCUUCCGAUGCUCCUCCGCACGCUGAUCGACGGGCCGCAAAACGUCGGAGACGUGACCGCUGCCGAGGUCGACCGCAUCCUCGAAGGAAUCGACUGCGAGGAGAUCGCCCCGCCACGGUACGGGAACGUGAAGAUCGGCUUCUUCCUGCACACACCGUUCCCAUCGAGCGAGAUUUACAGAAUUCUCCCGGUCCGGCGCGAGAUCCUUCUCGGCAUCCUCUACUCUGACCUCAUCGGGUUCCACACCUACGACUAUGCCCGCCACUUCCUCUCAUCAUGCACCCGCAUUCUCGGUCUUCCGACGAUGCCAAACGGUGUUGAAUUCGAGGGCCGUCUUGCACAUGUCGGGACGUUCCCCAUCGGUAUCGACCCCUCCUCGUUCAUCGAUAAUCUGAGGAAGGACGGAGUCCGGAAGCGUAUUGCUCAGCUCGAGCAGCGUUUCAGUGGAUGCAAGGUCAUCGUCGGCGUCGACCGUCUUGACUACAUCAAGGGUGUACCCCAGAAGCUACAUGCACUAGAGCUUUUCCUCACCCAACAUCCAGAAUGGAUCGGCAAGGUCGUCCUUGCGCAGCUCGCGGUACCAUCAAGGCAAGACGUCGAGGAGUACCAGAACCUCCGAGCAACUGUGAACGAGCUCGUUGGCCGUAUCAACGGUCGGUUUGGAACCGUCGACUUCAUGCCUAUUCACUUCAUGCACAAGAGCUUGCCGUUCGACGAGCUUUGCGCGCUUUACGCCGUCAGCGACGUCUGCUUGGUCACCAGCACGCGUGAUGGUAUGAACCUGGUCUCGUACGAGUACAUCGCGUGCCAGCAAGAACGCCAGGGCGUAAUGAUACUAUCCGAGUUCGCCGGUGCCGCCCAGAGCUUGAACGGCAGUAUAGUCGUCAACCCUUGGGACUCGCAACAAGUCGCCGACGCGAUCUGCGAGGCUGUCACCAUGGACGCGGAAACGCGGGCUGAGAACCACCGCAAGCUGUUCAAGUACGUCAACAAGUACUCGGCAGCAUACUGGGGUACCUCAUUCGUCCGGGAGAUGACCCGGAUCGAGCUCCCGAACAGCGAGCCGAAGCCGGAGCUCAAGGGGGGCCAGGCCGAGCUGCAUCUGAGGAAGGACGACCUCCGGGGGACCGUGUUGUCAGAGAACGGCACCGUGCCGGCGACACCGGCGCAGAAUGCGCUCGCGCCGCACAACUCGGCAUGA